UGCAGAGCUUUUUGUAAUGGAGAAAAAUACUCAACAAAAGAAGUUGCAAACGUCUAUCCCCUACAUAUUACAUAUCGCAUUCUUUCAAUUCUAGAUAGCGCUGAGUCUCAUACAAGAUCCUAAUGGAUGGGAAACAAUCGGAAAUCUCCUUUCGAAUCCAGAGCUUAUUUCACAAUUUGUUGCUGGCACAGGGAUGGAGGAACUCGUCGGAAGCGCACUGGGUGACAAGAAAGAAUUAGCGAAAAAGCAGGAAAUGAAGUCGAGGUUGAUGCCGGAAGACGGAGAUUUUGGCAUCGAGUUCAUCGACGGUACCGACGAGAAGGGCUUACCCGAAAAGAAGACCGAAGGAGAGUUACCAGAAAUAGAUUUCUCGGUUGAUGGCAAAGGUGGCGAAGACUACUAUGAGCAAGUCUCAGAAGUCAUAGAUGAAACUACUCCACCUCCGGUGGCUACAUCCACUUUGGCCACAACUACAACCACAACUACGACAACUGCACCACCCUUACCAGAGAUAUCAUUUUCGAUUGAUGGUGAUGGCGAGGAAGUUGAGACUGUUCAGGUGCCCGCACCGUCUAUAAACGUUCAGACCUCCAAGCUUUAUGCGAAGGUCGGUCAGUACAAUAUAUCCGGCCCUAAUAACAAGAACUUCGCCAACGACGACACAACCAACAACGACGACUGUACAGACGACGACAGUACGAACAACGACAACACCGCGAUUGACGACGACUGUUCGCAACCAUCGCAAAGAUAG